AUGGAUAUUACUUCUCCAAGAAUCAAGUCUUUGCAAGUUAAUCUUCAUGAUGUCCACAAUGACCCGGGCUGCAGCUCUGCCCCUUACACCUGCCAACGAUCUGUCAGCCUCUUCCUCCCGUGGGACGGGGAGGUUCGGCUGCACGCCACCAACGUGACGUUCAAGGGCCAAAGUUUGCAGCUGCCUAAUCACAUCCACGACCUGCAGCUGGAGCAGAUAUCUCAGUAUGUUCUGGUGACACAGCAGCACGGCUUCACGCUGGCCUGGGAGGGACACAGCGGCUCUGUCUACAUCAAACUCAGCCCCGAGUUUGUGGGCCGAACCUGUGGCCUGUGUGGAAACUUCAACGCAGACGUCCAGGACGACCUGAAGACCAGUUAUGGCGUGCUGACUCAUGAAAUAGAAAUGUUUGGGAAUAGCUGGGUGGAGACGGAGCCACACGAGGCCCGAUGUCCCAUGGUGCUCUCUGGCUUCUCUUCACCCUGUGCUGCAGUCGAAGCUCAUGUCCUGCUGAAAGUGGAGGAGGUGUGUGCUAUGCUGCUGGAUCCACCAUUUCAGAGCUGCCAUGACUUUGUCAGCCCGCUGUCCUACAUGGCCAGCUGCUCCAACGACCUCUGCAUGUCGGGUCCCAACGGUGAUGUGGUAUGCCAGGUGUUGAGCGAGUACGCCCGGGCCUGUGCCCACGCUGACCACCCACUGCACGACUGGAGGCAGCACAUUCCUCAAUGUGCGAAGCAGUGUCCCCUUGGUCUGCAGUACAGGGAAUGCAUCAGCUGCUGCCCUGCGUCCUGCAACCUGGAGCGAACAUGCAUAGACAGCAAGCUGGCCUGCCUGGAUGGAUGCUACUGUCCUGAUGGUCUGAUCUACGAGGACGGAGGCUGUGUGACACCCUCUGACUGUCCCUGCGAGUACCACGGCAUGUUUUAUCCGUCUGGACAGACACUGCAGGAGGAAUGCAACAACUGCACAUGCGUGGGUGGAGUGUGGAACUGCACCGACUACAGCUGCCCAGGGGAGUGCUCGGUGACUGGCGAUAUGUAUUUUCAAUCCUUUGACGGGCGGAUCUACACCUUCCCUGCAACAUGUCAGUAUGUCCUCGCCAAAAGUCGCAACUCGGGGAAGUUCACAGUCACCGUCCAGAACGCCCCCUGUGGAGCCAAUUUGGAUGGGGCCUGCAUCCAAUCAGUUAACCUGGUUAUUGAUGAGGAUCCAAGAACGGAGAUUACACUGAGUCACGUCGGGGAGGUCUUCAUGGCCGGACAGUACCGCAUCUCCCUGCCGUAUUCUGACGACGUCUUCCACAUCCAGGAGCUGUCGUCCAUGUUCCUCCAGGUGAAGACGGCCUUCGGCCUGUGUCUGCAGUACAGCUGGACAGAGUUUCGCCUCUAUCUGCAGGCCGACGAGCUGUGGAAGGACGACACAGUGGGCCUGUGCGGCACCUUCAACGGCAACAUCCAAGAUGACUUCCUAUCUCCAUCAGGUAUGAUAGAAAGCACUCCUCACCUGUUUGGAAACGCCUGGAGAGUCUCGUCAGCCUGUUCGACCAGCCUGAGUGCGCCUCAGCUCGACCCCUGUGACACACACCAGCAGGCCGUGGCCUAUGCCUCAGAGAUGUGUGAUGUGCUGAACCAGGAUCUGUUCUCUGCCUGCCACGAGUACCUCAGCCCGACAUCCUUCCAUCAGCAGUGUCGCUCGGACACCUGUAAGUGCGGGACGCCUUGCCUCUGCUCUGCGCUGGCCCACUACGCUCGCCACUGCCGCAGAUUCUCCAUCAUCGUUGACUUUCGAUCGCAGAUAUCCGACUGUGCGGUCACCUGUCCUGCCAGCAUGCAGUACGGCACCUGUGUGUCGUCCUGCCAGCGCCGCUGCUCCGCCCUCUCCGUCCCACAGCACUGUGGGGAGGAGUGUGAGGAGGGCUGUGUGUGCCCCCAGGGAACCUUCUACAACCAUCGAACACACACCUGCGUGCACAGGAGCGACUGCCCCUGCAGUUUCCUCGGAACCGAUUACGAACCAGGAGACGUGAUCAUGACGUCAGCAGGUGUUCAACUCUGCCUGAAUGGUAAACUGGUGUCCCAAACAGCAAACGGUGACAUGUUGUGUCCAGCUGGUCAGCUCUACCAGAACUGCUCAGAGGGGGACGAAGGCCUCCUGUCGGGAAGGGGCGUGGCAUGCGAGCGCACCUGCGAGUCCUACCUGCUCAACCUUACCUGCUCGACACACGAGCCCUGCGUGGCCGGAUGUAGCUGCCCUCCUGGCUUGCUGAAACAUGGAGACGAGUGCUUUGAACCUGCAUCCUGCCCCUGUCUUUGGAAAGGAAAGGAGUAUUACCCCGGCGACAGAGUCUCCUCCCCCUGCCAUCAGUGUGUUUGCCAGCACGGGACGUUCCAGUGUGUGUUUCAUCCGUGUCCAUCCAUGUGCAUGGCUUACGGUGACCGCCACUACAGGACGUUUGAUGGACUGCUGUUUGACUACGUUGGUGCAUGCAAAGUCUAUCUUGUAAAGAGCAACGCUGACGUGAUGCUCGGUGUAACCGCCGAGAACGUCGACUGUUUCGACAGUGGAGUCAUCUGCAGGAAAUCUCUGCUGAUCAACAUCGGCAGAUCCUUCAUAGCAUUUGAUGAUGACUCUGGGAAGCCAAAUCCAUCCAGUGUGAUUGACAGGAAGCAGAGGAUGUUCAUCUGGCCAGCCGGGUACUUCACAGUGGUUCAUUUCCCUGAGGAAGACGUCACCGUCCUCUGGGACCGCAAGACCACCGUCCACAUCCAGGUCGGACCUCGCUGGCAGGGGAAGCUAAGUGGGCUGUGCGGGAACUUUGACAUGAAGACUGUGAACGAGAUGCGGACACCUGACAACAUCGACUCCCCGACUCCACAGGAGUUUGGAAACAGCUGGACUGCAGCAGAGUGUGUGAACAGUCCAGAUAUCAGACACCCCUGCAGCCUCAGUCCACUCAGAGAGCCUUUUGCAAAGCGGCAGUGUGGCAUCCUGCUCAGUGAGGUUUUCCAGGCCUGCCACCCGGUGGUGGACGUUACCUGGUUCUACAUGAACUGCCUGGCAGACACGUGUGCCUGCAGUCGUGGAGGCGACUGCGAGUGUUUCUGCACCAGCGUGGCGGCAUACGCCCAGCGCUGCUGCCACCAGGGCGUUCCUGUGGACUGGCGCUCCCCGUCUCUGUGCCCGUACGAUUGUGAAUUCUACAACAAAGUUCUGGGUAAAGGUCCCUUCAGGCUGAUCACCUUCAGGGAUCGGGCGACGCUGCUGGCAGCCAGCAGCUCCAGUGGCUCUGUGUUCCUGCAGUGGGGCAACCUCAGCUUCGCCGCCCCCCCUGGAGUCCUCUCGCAGUUCAUGAUGACGCCGGGCCUCAGCAGAGCCCGACCACACGACACAUCGCGGGUUUCCUUCGAGGCGGCCGAGCGACCAAACUACUUUCUGCACGCAAGCCUGAGCGGCCAGGUGAGGCUGGCCAAGUGGGAGGAGAGCGAGGCAUUCUGGGACGGAGCCACCUUCGUCCUCCACAGGAACACCUGGAUCCCCGGCUACGACUCGCUGGAGUCCCACGCAAAGCCCGGCUUCUUCCUGCACGUCACGCUGGCCCGCCUCCACCUGCUCAAGUACAGACACAUCGACAGCUUCCGCAAGGCCACGCUGUUCAGACUGACGGGCCCCAGCCCGGAUGCCCCGCCCGGUCCACGUUGUCAGUGGCGGUACGAUUCCUGUGUCAUCCCCUGCUUCAAGACCUGCAGCGACCCGUCAGCUGAUGCCUGCGUCACCAUCCCACAAGUGGAGGGCUGCCUUCCUGUCUGCCCCCCACACAUGGUCCUUGAUGAGGUCACCCGUCGGUGUGUCUUUGUUGAAGACUGCAUUAAGAUCCCAGUUGCUGUGCAGCCUGUGACACCCUCCACUGCUCAGCUGACCUCUGCAGCUGUCACUUCUGCAACCACCGAAAGCACUGCUGUCUCCACCACACCCCUCCAGACCUCCAUCACCACCACGGCAUCCUCAGCCCGUCCACACACUGGCCCUACUGCUAAAAUCACCCCCACUACUCCUGCCGUGAGCACACAGACGUCCUCAUUUGAGGCGCCGCACGCCCCUGACCAGCCGACCCGCCCAGUCCCUGUCUCUCCUUCCGUAGUGGCUGAACUUUCCAGAACAGCAGGACCCCCAUCUCCUCCAACAGAGCCCCCUGCUGUCAGGCCAGAGGUGGAGGAGCCGCUGUCCACUGUCAGUGUGACUGAAGCGUCGUCCACCACCACUGUAGCAGGUACAACAGCAUGGACGACCAGAGCGGUGAGCUCCACCACCGGCUCUUUCGGCCCCAGCACGUCCGGGCCGAGCAGCGCUCCCUUCGCCGUCACGUCUCUGUUCUGGCUCACCUCCUCCACCGAGCCCACCCACUUCCCGCAGCCGCUCUUCACCACCACUGCCACCACCCUGCAGCCAUCUCCAACUGCAGCACCGACCACAAGCUCUGUCGAAGGGCCAACCACCAUAACAACCCCUCCUCUUGUUGUCGCGCAAACAACCAAAGAGACCACAGAGGCUACAACACAUUCGGCAGCAGUUACUCCGAUUGUAACCACUUCUAGUCCAAGUCUUGCUCCAAUCUCCGAGACGUCUACAGUUACAGAUAGGACUACUGUAACCAGCACAGCUACCACUGCAUACACAGACACCAGCACAACGCCUGUAACAGUGGAGCGACGUCCCCCAACGACAACUACACCCAUCCCUCCCGGUUUACCAAGCACAGCCUCCACAACCUCCCCGCCUCUCCCGACCUCAGCUCCUGUGGAAACAGGAGCCGCGUCUUUGCCUACAGUCACUUCAGCUAAAACCACAGAAUCAGUCACAUCAGUUGCACCUUUCGUCACCAGUAAAACAACACCGUACAUAAGUCCAGAGACAACAUCGCCGCCGGCUACCACAGAGACGAUUCUGCACACCACUCCUGCUGAACUGAAGACUUCUACAACAACCAUUCCUGAGUUACCAACGUCACCCCCGAUCCAUGUUGCACCUACUACACCCGCACCAUCCGCUCCUACCUCAGCUGGACUAGAGUGGAAAACAACAACAAAGAAAGUGACCAUACUUGAAUCCACUGUGUCUGAAAUACCUGUAGCAACCACAACAACGGCUGCACCUCCAUCUCCGAAGAUUACAGACACCACAACUUCUUCUUUGUCCAAAUCCACACCCUAUGCCGAGAGAACCUCCUGGUCUGCCGCCGUCCCAACGGUGGAGAAAACCACUCAGACCACAACUUCAGGACCUCCGGAGGUUCCAGGAAUGUCCACCAUGUCCACAGGUCCUCCUGUCACAACGAAAGCAACUGUGACGCCAGUGUUUCCUACAGAAACCACCGCUGUGCCACGUUUACCGAAAACAGAGAGCUCCACCCAUCCUGCGUCGACCGUGCGUACCUCAGAGCCAUGGCAUUGGGAGACCUCCUCCACUCUGGUCCACAGCCCCACAGUGAAGACUACAGCAGGGCUCACUUCUGAAACUGUCAUCCAGGAUGUCACUUCUACGAAAACUACCGAAGUGCCUCGCCUUCCCGUAACGUCAAAGCCGAUUGUCACCUCUGCGACAUCGGCUGCUGCCACAGCCACCACAGCCAAAACCACAACGUCUCCUGAAAUCUCAACUGCAGAAAUUGUCACCACCACAACCAGGAGACCGGCUACACCCCCGCCUCCACCUGGACCCGGUUUUCCCGAGACACUUCUCACGACCAUCCCUACAAGAGCUCCACCGGGUGUUGUCACCACCACGCUCAGACCCGUCAUCCUGCAGCCCAUUACAGAGACGACACAUCCGGUGACUGGCAGAGUGGAGGUGUCGACGAGAGCUACGACCACGGCGCCUCCGUCUGGGUCUCCGCUGCACACAACUGCUUCCACCGCAGCUCCGAGGCCAACGGCUGUCCAGGAGAAAGUCACCACCCGGCUGGUGUCCACCGCAAGAGCUACACCUGCUACAACAACUACAACCGUCGCACGGACGACCACCGUCAGAACGACGCCCAGAGUUCCCGUCACAACAAGAGUUACCCCCAGAAUCACGUCGACUGAGAGCUCAACCGUCGGGCCGGUCACUGCAAGGGUUACCGUAGCAACAAGGCCCCCAACAGUAAUCUCCAGAUCAACCACUCUCGGCCCACCGACUGUCACACCGAGCCCUGGCAUGACAACAACGUCAGGAGUGCCGCCUACAACUGUCGCAACGUCCGCCGAGUCGUUCACCACAGCGAGCACGACUGACCGCGUCGACACAAGCGCAGCAGUUACCGGCCGGACCACCGUAACCGCUUCAGCACCCAUUCCUACUUUAACAGCAGUCACGGUAUCUUCAGCCGUCCCCACGACAACCGCCAGAGAGCCAGCCACAUCUGAAAAAACCCUGACAACCAAAGAGAGUGAAGUGUCACCAUCCACGUCCCAACCGGUGACAUCUCCACCUGACACACACCUGAUCUCCACCCAGACGCCUGGUGUUUCCACUCCGACCUCACUCCCAGCAGCCACCUCGGUCCAAACUGAGCAGGACAGAGUUGAUCGCACCAGUCCAGGUCCGACGACGCCUCGUGAGCCGGCGUUGCCUUACACACCACUGGAAACGACCAUACACACAGAGGGCAUAACAUCCUUGGCUGUAUCAUCUACAAGGAUGUGCACUCCUCCGUAUGCAGAGAUCGUGGAUGAAUGCACAAAGUACAUUUGCGUCAACAACCAGCUCGUCUUGUUCAACAAAUCUCAGAGCUGCCAAUUCACCUCCGACCGUCCGAACUGCGGCCUGCUUGGCUUUGCCAUCCUGGUCAAUGGAGACAAGUGCUGCCCAAAGUGGGACUGUCCAUGUCGCUGCUCGAUGUUUCCGGAUCUGAAUGUGAUCACAUUUGAUGGGAACAGCGUUGCCAUCUACAAGGCCGCCUCAUAUAUAGUGACCCAGCUGCCCAAUGAGACUGUCAGUGUCCUGGUUCAGGAGUGUCCCGCUGACUCAGAGUCACCACUCCUCUGGAAUUUCACCAAUCUGUGUUUGGUGGCGCUCAACAUCACGCACAAAUCCAACCAAAUCAUCAUCAACAGGCUGCAGAGGAGGCUUUACGUCAACUCGCGGUACGCUAAGCCUCGAUUCAAAAAGUUUGGCUUUGAGAUCUACGACACAGGCAACAUGUACCUGAUCCGCAGCCCGGCUGGUCUCAAGCUGCAGUGGUACCACAGCACCGGCAUGAUGGUGAUCGACAGUGGCAGCUCCCACAACAAGCUUCACACCAUGGGUCUCUGUGGUUUCUGUGAUGGAGACCCAACAAACGACCUGACUCUGGCCGACGGCACCACGGUGGGUGCGGGCGAGGAUCCGGCUAUUUUCAUCGACAGCUGGCAGGUUCCCAACACCACCAGCUACGUCAGCCACAGCCGCCGCCGCGAGCUCAACUGCUCCACCAGCGACUGCUCCGUCUGCCUGCUCAUGCUGCAGAACCCAGCUUUCUCCCCCUGCCACGCCUUCGUCCCGCCGAGCACCUUCUGUGAGAUUUGGGUACGAGAUGCAGAGUACGUCAACAACCAGUGUGUGGCGCUGGCUGCCUACGCGGCUUCUUGCCACAAAUUCAACAUCUGCAUUGAGUGGAGGAGUCCAGAUUACUGCCCCUUUGUGUGUCCUGACAGUCUGCGGUAUCAGGCCUGUCUGCCGGCCUGCACGUCUCAGUCCUGCCCCAACAACGACUUUGACUCGGAUCCGGACCAGUGUUCAGGCCUGACUGAGGGCUGCGUGUGCCCCGAGGGAACGCUCCUCCACCGACCGUACACCGCCCUCUGCAUCUCACCUGAGAAGUGUGCCUGCACUGACAGCUCCGGCGUUCCUCGCGCACACGGUGAUGUGUGGAAAGCCUCGAAAGACGCCUGCUGCAUGUACCGCUGCGACAACGACACCAUCGUUCCCGUGGAGUACAACUGCUCCAGCAUGGCGGCGCCGGCGUGCCAUCGAACAGGGGAGAUGAUCAUCAGUCUGGCCGACGACACCAGCUGCUGCCCGCAUAAAGUCUGCGUGUGUAACCAGAGCCUGUGUGACCUGCUCCCUCCUGAGUGUAAAUACGGGGAGAAGCUGGUGUCGUACUACAGACAGGAAUCCUGCUGUCCGGACUUUGUGUGCGAGUGUGAUCCUGAACUCUGUGAGUCGGACGUUCCCACCUGCAGAGACGACCAGACUGUGAUCGCCACCAGAGCCGAUGGCAGCUGCUGCCUUGCUCACAUCUGCGUGUGUUCUUCCUGUCCGGAGACACCCCCUCUCUGCCAGAGCGGCGAGGUGCUGACGGUGGAUGCUAACACCACGGACCGCUGCUGCCCCACCUACCAGUGUGUGUGUGAGCCCUACAGGUGUCCUCUGCUUAGUUGUCCUGUUGGGAUGUCGGUGGUGUCCGUGUCCAGUCCGGGCCGCUGCUGUCCAAACCAAACAUGCGAGUGUUCCUGUGAAAAGAUCGCCUCCCCAAAAUGUGGCCUGGGAGAGGCCGCCCAGCUGGACCGGGCCUACAUGUCCGACGCACAGAACCAGUGCGCCUGCAAAAGAUACAAGUGUGUGCGCGAGGCGGUAUGUGUGUUAGGUGAGCGCGGCGUGUUGCGGCCAGGUCAAGCUCUGGUGGAGCACCUUGACGACGGCGUGUGUCACAGCAGGCAGUGCAGCCGCAGCCUGGACCCGGUCAGCGGCUUCUAUCUGCUGCGCACCAGCAGCAUCAACUGCUCCGCCCACUGCCAACCAAAUCAGAUCUACGUCCCCCCGAAGGACCAGAGGACAUGCUGCGGUGUUUGUCAAAAUAUUUCCUGCCUCUACCAACACGAGAACGGGACAACUGUUCUCUACAAGCCGGGGAAGUCCUGGGUUUCAAACUGCAUGAAGUUUGAUUGCGCAGACACUCUGUCCGGACCCACGCUCAUCUCCUACUCCUAUAGCUGCCCACCAUUCAAUGAAACAGAGUGUAUGAAGGUCGGUGGAACUGUCGUAAGUUACAUGGACGGAUGCUGCAAGACAUGCAAAGAAGACGGGAAGUCGUGUCAGAAGGUGACGGUGCGGAUGACGAUCAGGAAGAACGACUGUCGUAGCAACAGGCCGGUGAACAUCGUGUCAUGUGACGGGAAGUGUCCGUCCGCCAGCAUCUACAACUACAACAUCAACACGUACGCGCGCUUCUGCAAGUGCUGCAGGGAGACGGGGCUCCAGCGGCGCUCCGUGCAGCUCUACUGCAGCAGCAAUGCCACCUGGGUCAGCUACACCAUCCAGGAGCCCACCGACUGCUCCUGCCAGUGGUCCUAAACACACACACACACGCACACACACACACACACGUACACACACACACACACACACACACACACACACACACACACACACACACACACACACACACACACACACACACACACACACACACGGUGUUCACAUCUACAUCCUGUAAAACCACAAAACAAAGAACAAAAGGAAGAAGAAGAAACCUCAGCCAUGUUGCUUUAGGAUGUUGGGAGAGUGGAAUACUGUGCUGUGAUUGGCUGGACUGCAUGACUGAUGCUCUUCCUCUUCCAGUCAGUUUUCGUGGUGCCUCUGCUGGCAGGGAGGUGGUAAUGCAGGGCACUGAAGGUGCAGGUAAAUUGAACAUGAUGGUAAAUUGUUAGUGCACAGAAAUAGAAGUCACAGAAAACGUCAACGUUUUCUUUUGACGGCAAUUUUGUUGUCAUCGGAAACUCUCCUGUUUUGUGUCACAACUCCAGCAGAUUUCUUGCCUAUGAUGUGAAAUACAAAUCAGAGGCAGUUUUAUGGAGUAUAAUAACUACUUGAUAUCCAAAUGAUACAUGAACACCUUUAGAAACACGCUGCAAAGGGCUAAAGCUCUCUGCUUUACUGCAGUGCCACCUCCCCGCCAGUCUACACAGAAAAGAAAAUGUUCAGCAAAGGAAAAAAGGAAGUUAAUCUUUUGUUUUUGAGAGAGGGAGCUAAUCUCUCUGCUCGUCUCCUCAGAGCGCUCCUGUGCAGCCAGGACAGAAAAGUAAAAAAAAAAUCAAAUAUAUAUUUUAAAACGAGGUUGUGAUGCAGACGAUCAGGAGAGGAGCUGUGACACCUUCUCAGUUUAGUGCAUCAUCAUCAUCAUCAUCAUCAUCAUUUGGAGAUCAUAUUUUACCCAGAAUGUCUCAUGUCGUGCCUUGUUUUUGUAAAUAAUUUAACUUUUUAAAAUGAUUUGCAAAAUCAAAUUCUUAGAUAUUUCACUUUUAGAAAGAUGACAAUAAACUGUAUAUUCAGUGAUGUGAAGUAUACUUUAUAUAAUCAACACUAGUGAGGUGUAUUAACUGAUUAAAUCCAGCCGUACGUGGAGCACUUUAUUUAUUUAUUGGAGAUUGAUAGAGCACAGCCGUUCUGAUAUUUAUGGACGACAACACAGAGAGAAGAGAAGCAUUCGGCCCAACUAAAGAACAAAAAGACCUAACAGGAUGCAACACUUUGAUUUGGUUUUAUUCCCGAUUACAGAAAGAAAUAUAUUAGGAGUGCUUGGCAUUGUGUAAAAGAUGUUUCUCUGUGGACUAAAUUCUUAAUGUGUUUGUUCAAACAGACCCACCUGGAUAGUCGAGUUAAAGAGGAUUUGUAUCAUACAAAUGUACAUUUGCAUUUUCAAUAAAUAUUUCCUUUGGAAAAACUAAA